AAAGAACGAAUCAUUUGCGAAUCGAACAUAGCCAGUGUUUGGAAAGAGGCGGGACAGAGUGAGAGAGAGUGUGAUUGCUAUGGAGACUGGUAAACUAUACUGAGCAGGAAGAGCAAAACCAUCAAUAUCGGAUCUGUAAACAUUUAAUGGUUUCGUUAUGAUAGCUAACAUGACUAUUUCCGGUUGACAUUACAUGGUAUGUUUGAUUUUUAUCUCUUUUGUACUGUAUUGCACUGUACAACUAGGCCAUUUUGUUGUUGCUAGUAUGAAAAUCACAGCACAUUUUUUUGCCUUAACAUGGUGAAAGAUGCCACAAGCUCCCAGAACAAAAAUGCAGACCAAACUGAGUACCUGGACACCUCUAAAUCAUCAGCUCUCCAAUGCUCAUGUAUAGGAACCAAAAAUAUAGUUUUUGAAGAGAGAAGAAAUUUACUUGGAAAGUGGUUUGAGAAGUGGACAGAUAGCCAGCGGAAACAGGUGCUACAAGACUGUUUCUCCAGAUGCUCUGCUGGCCAGCUGAAACAUCUCAGACAGACUCUGAGCAGCUGGGUACCAGAGGAGUCUCUUGACCUCACUAGGGUACUUCCCAGGGUCAUAUCACUCUAUAUAUUUUCAUUCCUUGACCCCCGAAGCCUCUGUAGAUGUGCUCAGGUGAGCUGGCAUUGGAAAAACCUGGUUGAGCUUGACCAACUGUGGAUGCCUAAAUGUCUGAAACUAGGCUGGUGCAUAACCUUUACUCCAACACCAUUUGAACAAGGUGUAUGGAAGAGGCAUUACAUAGAGACAGUGCACGAGCUGCAUAUUAGCAGGCCCAAGGCGCCUGUGAAGGAAGAGUUUAUUAUCCCUGAGGUAAAAGUAAUUGGCAGUGAGAUAGAGGGGUCACUUCCUGUGAACGGUCAAAGGGAGUUGAAAUCUGUCCUCUCGAGUCUCCAUGGGAAGAGUAAAGAUGGGAAUGGCUUGGUGAAAUCAGCCAAAGGUCUUCCGCCGUGGAGAGACUCAGACAGGCAUCCCACUGACACAAUACGCUUUAACUACUUGGAUAACCUUGACCCAGUUGACCAUGCAAGAAAAGUACUGAUAAAGGGAAAAAGUGCUACAAUAAGACAGGAAAGCACUAUGAAAGCACCAUCUCACUCAACAUACAAGCUGCGCAAGGCCAAAUCUUUGAUGUUUUUAUCCUUGGAUCUCAGUGCAGCUGGAAAGCAAAACCAAAACAGGCCACAAUGGGCAGCACAGAACUUAGAAGCACUUCCGGCUAACAAGGACUCCAUAAAGAGACUUUCCCAGACCUCCCAAUGGAAUGCAGGGAUACGUCCUGGUCCUGUAAGGCCUCCAGUGCCCAGACUGAGUAAGGAGGGGCUCCGUGCAUCACAGAGAUCCCAUAGAAGCACACCAACUGUGUCUCUUUUCGAAGGACAGCCAUGAAGGAGAACACAAGAAUCAAAUGAAGCUUGACACAUAAGGCCAUCUACUGGAUAAUGUUGUGAUAGCUACAUAGACGACUUGAAGUGAUUCAUACAAAGUUAAUUUAUUAUCAUGUCUUUAAUAAAAGAUUAUCAUAACUUUAUAAAAUAAUAACUUUAUGUUGACGGACAAAGCACAAUACAUCCAUUGUUUUUAUAUGAUAAUAUUUUUCUUCCUUGAGUCUCAAAUGUGUUAUUGUCCACUAGGUGUCCCUGUCUGUUCAGAAUGUGUGAGUGAGCAAAUGGUUUAAAUGUAUUUUUAUUGUUUAUCAUCUUGCUUUCUCUCUGUUCUCAUAUAUAACCUGUGUAUGAAUUUAAACUGAUUGCUGUCCUUACCAAGGAAAAUAAAAACAGAACGAAUAUAUUAAACAAUUAUAGGAUAUUUAACUCAUAUUAAAAUAUAUGAAACUGUACUCAUAUGGCUGUAAUUUAAUUUAAUAUAUUUUUUAAAAGAACUUAAUGGUCAUUUGCAUAAAAACUUUCCUUUCAACUCGUAUCAGCCUACUCUUUUAAUU